UAUUUUUUCAUUGCUGUCAUUCUCACCGGCGAACGUAACCAAACUUGCUCGUCAUAGUGAAAAAUCCAGAAAAAUGUUUAAAAAAUUCAAGCUUAGUGCUUCUCUUUUUGGACAUUCAUUAGACGUAAGAAGUGUAGUCGUGACAAACAACAAUUCUAUAAUCAGCGGAUCUCGUGAUAAAACUGCCAAAUUUUGGACGCCCAACAGGAUCGACACUGGGUACACACCUAUUCAAACUUUCCGUGACCAGAAAAACUUCGUUAUUGCCGUUUUGUACUUGGAACCGACUAGUGAAUAUCCGGACGGUUUGGUUAUAACAGGGGGCAAUGACAACACGAUUUAUGUUUACAAACCCUCUGAGCCUUUUGCGACGUUCACGUUGAAGGAACACACUAAUGCGGUGAGCUGCUUGUCGAAGUAUUCCACGUCGGAAAAUAACGCAUUUUUGAGCGGAUCGUGGGACUGUUCUGCCAAAUUAUGGACAUUGGGUACCGCCACGUCGACGGUGACUUUCUCGGGUCAUACAGCUGCCAUUUGGUCAAUCAUUCAACUAUCMGAUUUGCGAAUUGUGACCGCUUCAGCUGAUAAAACAAUCGGAAUUUGGAGUAGGGAAGGUGCAAGAUUGCACUCGAUCACCGGUCACACGGAUUGUGUCAGAGGUUUGGUGGAUUUGCCCGAAUUGCAUCAAUUCGUUUCAGUGGCGAACGAUGCGACGAUUAGGGUUUGGUCGUACACUGGAGAGGCUCUCGGGGUGCUCUAUGGACACACCAAUUACAUUUACAGUAUUGCGCGAUGUAAAUCGGCCGGAGACAAUUGUUUCGUGACCUCGGACGAAGACCGAACUGUUCGUAUUUGGCAAAACGGUGAAAACGUCGAAACGAUACAAUUGCCGGCACAGUCCGUUUGGUCAGUCGCGUGUUUAUCAAACGGCGAUGUGGUGACCGGUUCUAGUGACGGWGUUGUUCGAGUUUUCACCCAAAAUGAAGACAGAUUUGCCGAUGAAGCGACUUUGAAUAAAUUCAACGAAGAAGUGGAAGCUUUAACGCGACAAAGCACUCAAGAAAUCGGCGGUUAUAAAAUAUCAGAUCUGCCAGGGAAAGAAGCUUUGUACGAUCCGGGAAGAAAAGCCGGGCAGAUGAAAAUGAUCCGAGAGGGCGCAGGAGUGGUGGCGUACACGUGGGUGGAAGAUGGAGAUAGGAGUCAUUGGGAAAAAGUGGGCGACGUCCUUGGGAGUACGGACAAAACCAAUCAGGACAAAACAAUGUACGAGGGAAAACCUUAUGAUUUCGUGUUUACCGUCGACGUGGAGGAUGGCAAGCCGCCGUUGAAAUUGCCUUAUAAUAAAGGCGAUGAUCCGUAUCAAGCGGCGCAUACUUUUUUGGCGAAAAAUUUCUUGCCGGCGUCUUAUUUAGAACAAGUUGUUGAUUUCAUAUUGAAAAAUACUCAAGAUAAAUACGUCCCACCCAGCACGGAGUAUGUUGAUCCGUUUACAGGCGGUUCGAGGUACACGCCGAGUACUGGAAGUAACAGUCAGGAUUUCGCAGGGCGAAAUUUGGAUCCAUUUACAGGUGGCAGCAGUUACUCAACAUCAGCCACCCAACUGAAACAAAGCGUGAGUUCGUCCACUAUUUCAAGUCAAGGAAGCAAAUUCUUCCCGAUUAACACCUACCGCACCUUCGAAAUGGGCGACUCCAAAGUCAUUUUAGUCAAAUUGAAAGAAUUCAACGAAAAAACCGGCGAUAGUCAAAGUCCUCCAGUGAACGAACAUUAUUUAGUCGAAUUGGUAAAACUUUGCACCGGACCGCCAGAUGAUCCCAACGCUUUUGAUACUUUAUUCAAACUGUUGGAAUGGCCGGACGAAAUCGUUUUUCCCGUCGUUGAUGUCAUAAGAAUGGCUGUGAGGUUUAAGAAGAACAACGAAAUAAUCGCGGCUGCCAAUAACGGAAGUCUUCUCCGAAAAUUGCUCGGUUUCAUCAACGAGAAUUGUAAUAUAAUCAAUAAUGUAAUUGUUGCAUUGCGCACUUUAUGCAAUUUAAUGAUGCACGAGUAUGGAGAGGACUUGGUUUUUGAGCAUAGGUUCGAUGUUGUGGAAAAUAUCACGGCUCUAGGACCCUUGAAUAAAAACGGACAAAUCGCUUUAGCUACUCUUCUUUUGAAUCUCUGCGUGGCAAGUCUUAAGAAACGUGACGAUUUGGGAGUGUCAGUCCUAGCCGACGUGAUUCCAGAUAUUUUAACGAAAUUGAGUGAUCCUGAGUCACAGUUUCGCAGUUACGUUGCGUUAGGGACCCUUCUCACCUCACCACACAGUGCUGAAGUCAAAGCCAAAGUUAAGAGCAACACUGGAUUUAUCAGUGCCUUACAGUCGCAUGUGUUAUCAGGGCAAGGGGAUUUGGAGGAGAAGAGGCGAAAUUGUGCUACUCAAGUACAGGACAUUCUUAGUUUAAGUUUCUAAUGGUUUUUAUUUAAUAAAUUCCAACGUGUUUGUUUUUCUAA